ACGUCACUGGACCUGUUGUAGCCGGAAGAGCUGAGCUCAGCUAGCAGCCAUGAAGAUGACGGGAGAAAACAGAGCCGAGGGCUCCGAAAUAACAAUGGACGAUGUCAAGAACCUUAUUAAAAAGAAAGAUGACAUUGAAGAGCAGAUAAAGGCGUAUCACGACGUGCUGGAAGAUCAAGGUGUCGGAGUUGAGGGUCCCCUGGUUGACGCGGAGGGUUACCCCCGAGCCGAUGUUAACCUGUACACCGUCAGGGACGCCAGGCACAAUAUUUCGUGCCUGCAGAAUGACCACAAAGCCAUCAUGGCUGAGAUAGAAGACGCCCUGCACAAGCUGCACGCUCGAGAGAAAGCCAAGCGGGAACGCGAUGAGGCAGAAGGCCAGGAGGAGGCGAUGGAGCAGCAGGUCACUCUGCCUCCUGCCUUUGCUAGAGUGGACGCCGUCACCGAUGGCUCGCCUGCCUCUGGAGCUGGGCUCAAAGUGGGAGACGAAGUGAUUGAGUUUGGCUCUGUGAACACGGGCAACUUUCAGAACCUGCAGAAUGUUGCCGCUGUGGUGCAACACAGCGAAGGAAAACCUUUACGGGUCGCCGUGAUCAGAGGUGGCCAAAAGGUUCAGAUGAGCCUGACUCCUCGGCGGUGGUCCGGCAGGGGUCUGCUGGGUUGCAACAUCGUUCCGCUCCAGCGAUAAUCCACAUCACCUUUUACCAGAUGUAGACCUGGGAAUCUCAUUCUCUGUUUUUUACUCUGUACAGCAGAAUUUAUUUUCAUUUUCCAGUUUCGUAAUGAAAACCUGAAACCUUUUCUCCAUACACUGACUGAAAAUGGACGAUGUUAAAUUGCUUCGGCAAAGGGGAUCCCACUGAACCUGCCACUAAAGAAGUGGAUAAACUCGUCUGUACGACAUGCCCAGAAAUGGGCCGGCUUUGGGUUUGAAGCUUUUGUUUUCCCUGAAGAGCGCAGAAGAAGGUUGACGAUAUUGUUGCAGAUAGGAUGCUCCAAUAACUCUUGACCUACGUGUGUAUUUGAUCCUUCUAGUUGAAUAAAGGAUGUUGAUGUAGAAAAUCUGAAUAUUUUGAUUUACAUGAAGUGAUGAACUUUUGCAAUAAACAAAUUUCAUGGA